AUGCAACUCAACUGGGCCUUUUGGCAGUUGGAGCCGCAAUCGUAUUACCGACGCACAGUGUUGCGGAUCUGUUGCAGCACUGGCAAUCUCUCUCAUAAUGCACAGGUGUAUUUAGGAGAUGAUGAUGUCCUCUCUCCCCCCACCUCCACCCCAAGCUCUUGGGGCCCUUAUUUCCUGCUUUGGAGGACUCAUCUGAACUAAGCGUAACAUUAGCCUUUUAAAAAAACGAAUGUCUUGGAGUAAAAGUAACAAACAAAACUAAACUAACUAAAAUGUUUGCUAAUUUUAACACUGCCUUUUUUUUUGUUGUUAAGGAAAUCUUGGUGGGUUUCCAAAUAUGCCAAACUAAGUGCUCUUGACCUUUCAAAAUUUUUGCACCCUUCUUCUUUCCAUCCUAAAUUGUUCCUCCCCCCUGCCUCACUUGAUGGGGGCUGGUGGGAAAUACGGUUUCUCUGCCAGAAGCAACUUUGUAAAUUUGCUGGAAGUGUUGAGAGGAUUGUACCCACAAAAAAUCCUCCCAGGUUUCAGAAAGAAAUAUGAGCUUGAAUCACAGCAGCAGCAAGCAACGGAAUUGUGCUAAUCUGACCCACUUCCAAACCCUGUAGAAUUUUGGUUAGGGUUGUCUCCAAAAUUGAAGACCUUAUUGGCCUCUGCAGGUUCCAUCCCUCCAGUUUUGGAUGGUGAUUCCUCUUCCUGCAGGUUCAGCACCCCGAACAGCUCUUUGAAAGUUCAGACUAAAACCCGGAGCGGAUUCUACUGCUCCACGGACAUGAAGCCAUCAGCCGCCACUGAUGCUAACUGCCCCUUAACAUAUUUUUUGGGUAAUAUAAAGGGGUUUCUCACCUGCAGUGGCCAGUGACUAGAUCAUAACAGAAGUCUCAGCGCUGGAUGCCCUCAGAGGGAACACCAACAAACUUGGAUGCUUCAACGCUUUAUAUUGUUUGGCUUCAACAUGGAGAGUGAUUGGAUCAAGUGUGGGAUGGUAUACCUUUUGUAUGUUGGUUGCAAACUGAAAAAACGGUAGCGUGUGGAAUGUUGCUGUUUUGACAGCCCCACCAAAAGACUGUCAAACGAAUGGGCGGAGAGUAACGUUGUUGAUUGGGUAAGUUAACUUCUUGGAUGAUAAAUAGCUAAUAAAGGAUUUUUUAAAAGAGAAAAACAUUUCAGCUUCGUGAUCUUUUUCAGAUUAGUAGUUUCUUAGGCUCGUGGUUUCUCAGCUUUUUUCCCCGCCACGGACCACUUGAAAAUUUGCAAAUGUCUUUGGGGACCAACUCUUGAUUUUCCUGCCUGUUACAGCAACUCUACUGCAACAUGCUAGAUGCUGCGCAACGUUUCAAUACAUUUUGUAUUGUGGCUUUAAUUUCUUAGAUGAUGUAUUUUUAUUGUAUCACAAUUUGAAUUCUCUGGAAUUCAGACUGUCACAUGAGAUGAGAAAGAAAAGAAGCAUAAAAAUACAAUGAAAAAUCAAUAUGGAGACUCAAUGCAAUGGGUGGCUGUGCUACCUCCCAUCUCUAGCCACAAAUCCAAGCCACACUCCAGGCCGCCUGAAUGAAACUUGUGGGCCACAGUCUUCGUACAUAGAAUAUGGACAUGUGCACAUGUUUGGACACAAAUGCUUACGGAUGGGAUGAAUUUCCUCACUGUGUCAAACUGCAUUGAGUUGUGGUGUUUCAGAGACUUUUUUUACCCUAUUUGAAUGCUCUUUAUAAAAAUCCCUGGAGGCGAUGGUGCAUUGGACUGAUCGCAGUCGAUUCUGGGAUUAUUCUUAUUUUUUCAGAACAGCAGCAAUGACAUCAUCUGCCGGAACCCUAAGGUACAAGCUGAAGAUUGUGAGUUAUACCUACCUCCAGGCCAUGCGCUUCGCGGUGGAGGAGAUCAACAAUUCCAGCGUCCUUUUACCUGGGAUUUUGUUAGGUUACGAGAUGGUCGACAUCUGCUACCUCACCAACACCAUCCACCCCGUCUUUUAUUUCCUCUCCAACAACCUCUCCCUGGUUGAGAUACAGAGGAACUACACUUCCUACCAGCCACGGGUGAUCGCUGUCGUCGGCCCGGAUGCGUCGCAAGCGGCAGUGACCGUCGCUUACCUCUUGAACCAGUUUCUCGUCCCACAGAUCACCUUCAGUGCCACCGCCAAGGCCCUGAGUGACGCCAAAAUCUUCCCUGCCACUUUCCGCACCAUCCCAAGCAGUGAGCAACAGAUCACCAUCAUACACAAGUUACUCAAGCAAUUCAAGUGGAACUGGGUCAUUGUCCUUGCCAGCGACGAUGACUACGGCCAUCAGAACAUGCAGCUCUUGCGUGCCCAGGUCACAUGGGUGUGCAUCGCCUUCCAGGAAACCAUCCCAGUCCAGCAGGAGCAGCAGGAAGAUCCAAACAACACUGCCCAGGAGCAGAUCAAAGAUGUUGUCGCCAAGAUCAGCAGAAGCUCAGCCAAAGUGGUGAUCAUCGUCAGCCGAGAGCUGCCUCUCAUCAGCUUCUUUGAAGAGGUCAUCCGGAAGAACAUGACAGGCUUGGUGUGGAUUGCAGCUGAAGCCUGGUCCAUUGAUCUGUCCAUCCACAGCAUCGCAAACCUCUCGAGAGUGGGCACCAUCUUCGGGGUGGCUGUACAGAAUGUCCCCAUCCCGGGGUUGGACGACUUCCAGGUCCGGUCGCCGUCUGGGCCAACAGACAGCGGCAAAGGCCAAGCAGUCGUCAAUGCGACAUGUAACCAAGAUUGCGACCAGUGCCUUGCGAUGGCUCAGCUCUAUGACAACAGCCUCCGGGGAAUGGGGCACCGCAUCGACUUCAAUGUAUAUUCAGCGGUCUAUGUGAUUGCUCAUGCCUUACACCGGCUCCUGGGUUGCAACGCCACCCAAUGCAACAAGCAGAGAGUUUACCCUUGGCAGCUGCUGAAGGAGAUGAGCCUGGUGAACUUCAGCCUGCUGAACACCGCAAUCAAUUUUGACUUCCAUGGUGACCCUCCAAACAGUUUCGAGGUCAUACAGUGGCAGUGGGACGUCCCUGGGAAGCCUUUUAAGAAAAUUGCAUCCUAUAAUGCAUGGCAGAAGAAGCUUUACGUCCAGGCCGACAGCAUCACGUGGAACACGGCAGACAAGCUGGCUCCUAAGUCAAUCUGUUCAGAACAAUGUGAGGCGGGUCAAAAGAAGAAACUGAUUGCCACGCUAUCCUGCUGUUUUAAGUGCGUGGAUUGUGAGGCUGGGACGUUUCUCAAUAAAAGUGUAGACGAUUUCACCUGCCAGAGUUGUCCGUUGGACAUGUGGUCAGAGCCCGGCCAAGAAGAGUGUUUCAUGAAGCUUGUGGUGUACCUCCAGUGGGGCGAUCCAAUCUCCAUCGUGCUGGUGUCUUUCUCUGUGCUCGGCCUCCUGGCCACGUUGGGGAUCUUGGCCCUCUUCGCCCGCCGCGCUGGCACCCCGGUGGUGAAGUCCGCAGGGGGCAGGCUCUGCUUCCUCAUGAUCGCCUCCCUUGCAGUUGGUUUCUGCAGCGUGGUCUUCUACAUCGGCAUGCCGACGGGGCCCAGAUGCUUCUUCCGCCAGACAGUCUUCAGCCUCUGCUUCACUGUCUGCAUCUCCUGCAUCACCGUCCGCUCCUUCCAGAUUAUCUGCAUCUUCAAGAUGGCUGCCUGGCUGCCACGAGCCUACGACCUCUGGAGGAAGUACCAUGGGCAGUGGGUGUUCGUCACGGCCGUCUUGGUAGUCAAGGUCGCCAUCAUAGCACUCAACAUCUACUUCCACCCGCCAGUGCCAGUCCGUGCCCGUCCGAGGAACAAUCCGGUGGUCCUUAUCCUGAUGUGCAAUAGGAACUACAGGUCCUCCAUGGUUUUGAACAAUGCCUUUGACAUGAUCUUGUCUUUCCUGUGCUUUUGCUUCGCCUACAUGGGGAAGGCGUUGCCCAAGAACUACAACGAAGCCAAAUACAUCACCUUAUGUAUGAUCGGCUAUUUCAGCUCCUGGCUGGCCCUUUUCCUCGUCAUGUCCGUCUUCGAAGGGAUCAUGGUGACCAUCUUUGACACGGCCACCAUGCUGAACAACUUGUUUGCUAUCUGCGUGGGCUACUUUGGUCCCAAGUGCUACGUCCUCAUCUUCCACCCAGAGCGCAACACACCUGCCUUUUUCCAGACUGCCAUCCAGAGCUAUACCAUGAGGCAGGAGUAAAACUAGCAGGAUUCUUUCACACACACACAAAAAGCGGAUUUCCCGAGUGCACAAACUCCCCAUCAGACGCCCCACAUUAAAAAAACCACAAAGCUGAACCCACACUGAGCAUUCUUUGCCGCUUGCUUACAUCCUGGAUCAGUGAUAGUUUCUCCAUAGUAGUCACAAGUUCUUAUCUACGGUACAGCAAUGAUUGAUUUAUGAUCUCUGCCUUGGUUCGGUAACUUUAAGGGUUGAACGGUCUCCUGCCCAAAGAUGAAGAUGAGGAGAUUUCAGCCCAAGUGAAAAAGGUGUUUUGAUAUGUUGUGGCCAGUUUGUUUGAAGCAUGGGAAAUGAGUGCAUUCUAGUCUUAUUUAAUUUGUGUACAUGCUGUCCCUAACAUUGCCUGUCAUUUAAGUGCUUAAAAACACAUACACCUAAUGUAUGUCACCCCCACCCCAUUUUUCAAACUGCAUGUUAUUGCCUUUCCAGCUACACAUUCCUCCCCCCAUGCCACAUUUCUGUCCAACUACAUGCUAAAAAAACCCCGUGAAAACUAGAGCUGUGUUGAAUAAGAUGGGCUGUCUGAGACAUCUCUUUGGGACGUGGUUCCUGUCCCUUUCUCAUAAUCAGGGCCAUCUGAUGAUGCUGAGCAAUGGGAGAUUCAGGACAGGCAAAACAGAAGGCCUUCUUCACACCGAAGACCUGUGGAACUCCCUGCCAUAAGAAGUGGCAGUUGGCCAUCAACUUGGAUGGCUUUAAAAGGUUGUUUUGUUUGUUUAUUUUACAAAUCUGUAGACCGCUUCACAGCCUGAGGUGCUCAAAGUGGUGAACAACAGGACAAAAGUUUUAAAGAUAAAAUGUUUUUUAAAAAUCUAAAAACAAUCAAGCCACUGUCUAAAAAAAAGUAAAAACUACAACCACUCAAUCUCUUUUAAAAAAAGGGUUGUCGCUAAUGAAGUCCUACUCAGAGUAGACUGAUUGAAAUGAAUGACCCCAGGCUAGCCAUGUUCAUUAACUUCAACUGGUCUACUCUUAGGAAUAAUAUUGAACACAAUCCAGUAAAGCAUUUCUAUAUACGUAUGAUGAUUAUUUCAUAACUGAUUGGGUCUCACACAUCAGGGCAAGCCUUCUUAAAGAAAAAUGUCAUCAGUAGUCACCUUAAUGUCCUGACAUGGGACGACUGUCUAAUUUCAACUGGUAAUUGAUUCCAGAGGCAAAUUCAUGGGAGGAUAAGGCUAUCAAUGGCUACUAGCCAUGAUGGCUAUGUUCUCCCGUCACCCUUGGAGGCAGGAUGCCUCUGGAUGCCAAUUGCUGGAAACCACAGGAAGAGAGAAUCCUGUUGUUCUCAGACCCUGCUUCUCAUUUGGGGCAUCUGUUAGUGGCUGUGAGAGCAUAAGAAGAGCCUGCUGGAUCAGACCAACGGGGUCCCCUCUAGUCCAGCGUCCCGUUCUCCCAGUGGCCAACCAGAUGUCCCAAUGGGAAGCCCCCAAGCGGGACCUGAGCAACUCUCCCCUCCUGCGGUUCCCAGCUUUCAGAAACAUACUGCCUCCCACCAUGGUGGAAGAGCAUGGCCACCAUGGCUAGUAGCCUAGCCCUUAAUAGCCUUAUCCUUCAUGAAUUUGUCUAAUAAGAUGUGUAAGACUCCUUUUGGCCUGAUCCACCUUCAGGGCCCUUCUGAGGCUGUUAACCACCAGAUCACACUAGGCCACGCUUUGUGAAAAUGAAAGCAAAAAGCAACCACCCUGUGAAUGUCAUUGCCAAAGGUCACUGCAGAUGAAGCACGAGGAUUGCGUGGGAUCUGUGACUCCUCAGGCUAGCCUACUCUCUGAGUCUCAUGAAAAGCUCUUCUUUUUUGCACCUCCAUCUUCAGGCCAGUUUGAGGCAAGACACUUGGAGAACCUCCGCAACAAACGCUCUCAGGUGUGCCUCCUGUAAGUUGGGGCCAGAGCGUCAAGAGGAUUUUUUGUUUGGUUGUUUUGAGCCCAAAUUUAAAACUCCAUGGCUUUCAUACCUUCAAAACCAGCUCUUUAAUGCUGUUGAAACACUUCUCUCUCCUUUUUUUUUUUUUGGAAGACUAUAAACGCCGCUCUGAGUUGGGGAGGGAAGGGAGUGGGUGUUAGCAGGGCAGAUGAGGAGAGACGUGGGGAAAAGGGAUUUUGAGUGUUCCUUCCCAGCGCGUUUGGCAGCCUUUCAACUUCAGCUGUUUUGCCCACCUGUUCCAUUUUGUCUCGUUGUGGGACUGCGGUACCAUCUCGUCUCGUUGUGGGACUGCGGUACCAUCUCGUCUCGUUGUGGGACUGCGGUACCAUCUCAAGCUGGACUUUCAGGCAGAUGUCCAGGGCCCCGCUCAAGAGAACAAGCCUACUAACUUAAUGGGACUGUGCUGUGUCAGACGACAAGUUUUCCUGAUCCAGUACAGUACCGGGCAGGUUCAUAAUGUAGACUAGGGAUGGAAGUAUCUGUCCACCUGGUUCUCCUUUUCCCCACUUUAAAUUCAGUUGUCCACAUUUCCGUAGCAAGUAACGAUUUUUUAAAAGAAAACGCUCCUGAAAAUUCUCCAGCAUUUUAGUCCGAAUUUCUUCUAAUAAACACAUUUUUCUUGGCAGUUUUGACUCAUGCACACAUUUCUGCAAGCGAUGCCUUC